UUAUUAGCACGACGCUCUAACCAACUGAGCUAAUAGGCCAUUUUGUUUAUUUAACUCUGCGAUGUACUCUCGAGGACGAUGGUGUGAUUUCACAAAGUACUUUGAACUGAAGAAAAACAAUUCAAUGGAGUGUGUAGUUCAAGGAAUCAUCGAGACACAACAUGUUGAAGCACUUGAGAUUCUUCUUCAAGGUCUCUGUGGUGUUCAACGCGAACGUCUGAGAGUUCAUGAGCUUUGUUUGAAAAGCGGCCCAAGUCUUGGAAAUGUGUCCUCUGAAGUUAGGCUUCUAUGUGAUCUUGAUCAACCAGAGCCCACAUGGACUGUUAAACAUGUUGGAGGUGCAAUGAGAGGUCCUGGAGCUGAUCAAAUCUCUGUUAUGGUAAGAGCUAUGGUUGAAAGUAAAGUAAGCAAGAACGCUUUGCGUAUGUUCAAUGCACUCGGUUACAAACUAGACCAUGAGCUUCUCAAAGUCGGGUUCGCCUUUCAUUUCCAACGCACUGCCAACAUAAGCGUCUCUGUGUCUUCGGUUAAUAAGAUGCCUAAAGUUCAUGCUAUAGAUGAGGCAGUUCCUGUUACACCUGGGAUGCAGAUUGUUGAUGUGACAGCUCCUGCAACACCUGUUAAUUACAGCGAAGUUGCUGCUGCGGUUUCAUCUUUCUGCGAAUUUCUCGCCCCGCUUGUUCACUUGUCGAAACCAUUUAUCUCCACGGGAGUUGUGCCAACCGCUGCUGCAGCUGCCGCUUCUCUUAUGUCGGAUGGAGGAGGUACUGCAUUGUAACCAGUUGGAAGUUUUAACCAACUGCUCUUUGUGUUCUAUCUUGUCAGAUCUUUUAGGUCCAUUGUAGUAAAAAAAAAAAUAAUUCAGUUCAUGAUGGUUGUGAAAUCUCGUGAACCUUUCGAGUUGAAUAUUUAAUGAGUUAGGGAUCUUUGAAAAUUGACAAGUCGCAGAAGAUUGUUGUUCUACUCUCAACCUUUUUGGUAGCAAGAUGUUCCAUUUUUUUUUAUUAGACUGAAAGAUUUUGAAGCUUUGAUUUCAA